AUGGCUACUUCUACUCUUUUCAGACCAGCUGCCCGUGCUGGAGCUGCUGCAUUCCGCUCGGCCGGUCCCCGGGGCCUUGCAGGUGUUGCUUCUGCUCGAUUCAUCACCAAGGUUACUUUGCCGGACCUGCCAUAUGACUAUGGCGCGCUUGAGCCAGCCAUUUCCGGCAAGAUCAUGGAGCUUCAUCAUUCCAAGCAUCAUCAAACCUACGUCAACUCCUACAACGACGCAGUUGAGAAGCUCGCCAGUGCCCAGGGCAAAGCCGAUAUCCAGACCCAAGUCUCCUUGCAGGCAUUGACCAACUUCCACGGAGGUGGUCACAUCAACCACUCUCUGUUCUGGGAGAACUUGGCUCCCAAGAACUCUGGUGGUGGUGAGCCUCCAUCUGGUGCUCUUGCAAAGGCUAUUGAUGAAUCUUUUGGUGGUCUCGAGCCGUUCCAGAAGACCUUCAACACUGCUUUGGCUGGUAUCCAGGGAAGCGGUUGGGGAUGGUUGGUGAAGGAUAAGCAGACUGGCAAGAUCCAGAUCAAAACUUAUGCUGUAUGUCGAGGCCUUUCCCUUUUCCUAGUUCUAGAUGCUGACAUUCCAUUACCUAAUAGAACCAAGACCCUGUCUCCGGUCAAUUCAUCCCUCUUCUCGGCAUUGAUGCCUGGGAGCACGCAUACUAGUCAGUUUCCCUCCAUCUGUCUCCAACGCAUACACUUACUAACAAAUAUAUGUAUAAAUAGCCUCCAGUAUGAGAACCGCAAGGCUGAGUAUUUCGGCGCCAUAUGGGAUGUUAUUAACUGGAAGACUGUUGAGAAGAGAUAUGCGUAA